GGUGUGGGUCUGCGAGCGACGUGGAACCCUCAAAAUGCAGCAUUUGUCACUUUUGGCGGGGCUGGUGCUCGUCAUCGGGGCCGCCCAGGCCCAGCUCGACUGGUGGCAAACUGGGGUCAUUUACCAAAUCUACCCUCGUUCAUACAAAGAUUCAAAUGGUGACGGUAUUGGAGACAUCAAUGGUAUUAUCAGCAAACUGGACUACAUCGCCAGCUUGGGUGUUGCCGCCGUGUGGCUUUCGCCCAUUUACAAAAGUCCCAUGGCCGAUUUCGGAUAUGACAUUUCCGACUUCAGGGACAUCGACCCACUCUUUGGCACUUUGGACGAAUUCAAAACGCUGCUGGCAGAAGCCAAAAGCAGGAACUUGGGAAUCAUAAUGGACAUGGUUCCCAACCACUCGAGCGAUGAGCACGAAUGGUUUGUCAAGUCUGAGCAAAAAAUCGACCCCUACACAGACUACUACACGUGGCAGCCGGCAAAGGGCUUCAACGCCUCUGGAGAUCCGAUUCCACCCAACAACUGGUUGAGCGUGUUUGGCGGCUCUGCCUGGGCGUGGAGUGAGUUGAGGCAGGAGUACUACUUGCACCAGUUCCACAGGAAGCAGCCCGACUUUAACUACAACAACCCCGCCAUCAUACAAGAAAUCAAGGACAUCCUCACCUACUGGUAUGAUCUGGGCAUCUACGGCUUUAGGUGGGACGCAGUGACCCACAUGUUCGAAGACCCCCAAUUACUGGACGAACCCCUUUCCGGCAGCAAUGUUGAUCCUAAUGACUACAACUACCUCCGACACGUCUACACUCAGAACCUUCCCGAGACUCCGUACACUUUGUCCCUCUUCAAAGAACACACCGACCAAUACUCGGCCAGCGCUGGCGAUGGCCUUCACAGGGUCAUGAUGCUGGAGGUGUGGAAUCCCAUUGAAGAAGUGAUGCAAUAUUACCGCAAUGUGUCCGACUUCCCAUUUAACUUCCGUUUCUUGACCACGAUGAACAGCAAUUCCAACGGAAGAGAUGCUGAAAACGCAAUUCGCGGAUGGGUGGACAACAUUCCUGACAAUGGGUGGCCUAAUUGGGUGCUCGGGAAUCAUGACAUCUCGCGUGUGGGCACCAGGCUGCAGUUGACCGACGGCGCCAUCCUGACCACCCUGUUGCUGCCUGGCACCUCCAUCAACUACUAUGGCGAGGAACUGGGCAUGGUCGACACCUACAUUCCACCCGAGGAGAUCGUUGACCCCGCCGGCUACCGAGACCCUCCGAGGACGCCCAUGCAGUGGGACGACUCGCAGCACGCAGGGUUCACGAGUGGACCAAAACCGUGGCUCAGGGUCAACGACAACUACCUGACGGUGAACGUGGCUGCUGAGGAGGCCGCCCAAGAGAGCGUACUGAAGAUCUUCAAGAGGUUGGUCAGCCUAAGGAAGGAACCGGCCAUCCAGUUCGGCACCCUGCACACCUCGGUCGUCGCCUACGAGCUGGUGCUCGCCUACGCAAGAGAGGCAUUGAGUCCAACGGACAAGAGUUAUAUGGUCGUUUUCAACUGGAGCCACGACCAGACCCAUGUAAUUGACCUCUCACCCGGUGCUUUUGGCGCAUUCCCAUUUGAAAUCACGCAGCCAACCGUGGAAAUCAGAACUCUCGGCAGCGACAUUCCGUUUGACAACUUUGACCCCGCUGCUUUUACGUUGAAGCCGCGAUCGGGAUGUGUUGUCAGUUUCCUUGCAGUCAGACCGUAGUUUAAAAUGUACAGUAUUAAAAAUGAAAACAUGAAAUAAUAAAGCAUCAUUUUAGCACCAAAAACCUUA